CGUUUUUUUUGAAUUUUUCAGUGUUUGUGUGUGUUCGUGUUGAUCACACUUUUUUCAUAUCGUUCAUAUUCGUGUUCGUUGUGUUUGGUAUUUUGGACAACUGUGAAUUUCCAUUUUAAUUUUCGAAUUACCUUAAAACAAUCAAUAAAAUGAAAACUCAUCACAGUGAUUCGGCGAAAAAACCGCCACCGCCUACUAAACCAAAACCAAAAAUGAAUACAAAUGAAAAAGAACCAUUACAAGUUUAUUGUCGUUUACGUCCAUUAAAAAAUCUUAAUGAUACAUGUGUUGUACAUAAAAUUAAUGAUCAACUUUUAGAAUUAUCACCACCUGGACAGCCAAAACAAUUUUAUAAAUAUACAAAAGUUUUCGAUACUAAAUAUGAUCAACAUUCUGUAUUUAAACAAACGGCUUUUUCAUUGGUCAAAGAUUUAAUCGAUGGUCAAAAUGGAUUAUUAUUUUCUUAUGGUGUUACAUCAUCGGGAAAAACUUAUACGAUAACAGGAUCUCCACAAAAUCCCGGUAUUGUUCCACGAACAUUGGAUACUAUUUUCAAUACAUUGAAUAAAAAUGGUUUACAAAAUAUUCGUUAUGGUUUUAAGCCAAACAAUCAAAAUGGUUUUGAAAUUGUUUCGGCUCCUGAUGCUAUAUUAAAAAUGCAAAACGAAGUAAUCUAUGCUACACCUAACAAAAAUCCUAGAACACCACGAAAACGUGAUGCAUAUGAUUGGGAAAAUCGUGUACAAGAAGAAAUGUUUAUCAAAGAUAUCAAUUGCGAUAAUAAAUAUUCCGUAUUUGUAUCAUAUGUAGAAGUUUAUAAUAAUUUUAUUUAUGAUUUACUCGAUGAUCAAUUGGAAACAAAUAAAUGUUCAAAACGCAUUGUUGAAGAUACACAAAAACGUUAUUAUGUUCAAGGUGCUAAAGAAAUUGAAGUAAAAAGUUCACAAGAAGCAUUCGAAUUGUGCAUCAAAGGAAUGAAACGUCGCCGUAUUGGUACGACAAAAUUGAACAAUGAAUCAAGCCGAUCACAUUCCGUAUUUAAUAUUCGUUUAGUACAAGCACCAUUAGAUAUUGAAGGUGUUGAAGUUAUUGAUGAUAGUAGCUUAAUUCGUGUCAGUCAAUUAUCGAUAGUGGAUUUAGCCGGUUGUGAACGAACAUCAAGAACCCAAGCUACUGGUAAUCGUUUACGUGAAGCUAGUAAUAUCAAUAAUUCAUUGUUAACAUUACGACAAUGUUUUGAUGUUCUGCGUGAAAAUCAGAAAUCAAACGGAAACAAAAUUGUUCCAUAUCGUGACAAUAAAUUAACGCACAUGUUUAAAAGUUAUUUUGAAGGUGAUGGUAAAGUUGAAAUGAUCAUCUGUGUAAAUCCUGGUCUUGAAGAUUAUGAUGAAACAUUACAUGUUUGUAAAUUUGGUGAAGCAUCACAAGAUUUAGUUACCAAUCGUGGUUCACCAUUCAAACGUACACCACUUCGACCUAUUAGUAAUUUUUUUAUUGCAUCAUCGAUCAAUAUUGGACCACCAUUACCGAAUAAUUAUAUCGAAGAUCCAUCUGAUAAUGAAACGCUUAAAAAUUGGAUUAUGGCAUUAGAAAAACGAGCUGAAAAUCAUGAACAAAAUCGUAUCAUUGUCGAUGAAUAUCAACAAAAUGUUCGACAAACAAUUUUCGAAUUGAAUCAAAAUAAUACAUUGAUGGAACAACAAAAUUCAGUAUUAAAAAUGGAUUUAGUUGCACGUGAAAAUCAGCUUCGUGAAUAUGAAAAUAAAUUUUCACAUAUGAAACGUGAAUAUGAAGAUACGAUAAAUCGAAUGCAACAUCAAAUUGAUGAACUUCAACAAGAAUUAUCAACAGUCAAUCAUCGAUUGGCUACAACUGAAAUUGAAAAAUCCAAUCUUCGUAAUGAAUUUCGUCAUUAUAAACGAUCGACUAAAGAAUGUUGGAAAUCGGAAUUUAAACGUUUGCAAAAACAUUUUAUGGAAAAAGUUCAAGAAGCUGAAUCUCAAAUGGAAAAGAAAAUUGCAACAAAUCAAGAAAAAUUACAAUUAUUGCGAACGAUUAUCAAUAAUGAGGAUGAUUUAGAAUUCAUACGGCCACCAUGGAUGUCACCAUUAAAAUCGAAACCUGAUACAGAAAUUGAACAGGCAACAACUACGAAUGCUGCAGCCACGAUUGAUGUACGAUCACCACCGGUUGUAAAUCCACGUCAUCGACGAUCAUUGAGUACGGAUGAUGCAAAAUGGAUUGAACAUCGUCCACCGGGUACAAUGAAUCUUGGUACAGUAUUUCAGCCAAACAUUACAUCUAAACGUAAAAAAUCCGUUACCAAUUUGAAAACAUCAGAUUUUGUUGGAAAAAGUAAUGAAAUUGCAUCGAAAUAUGCAUUAACACAUCAUGCAGCAACCGAAACUGGUGGUGUCGAAACCAAAGUUUAUAAAGGUGAUGUUUUACCAUCGAUAACAGGCGGUUCACAAGUCAUAUUUAAUGAUGUAGAAAAAUUGGUUCAAUUUCCAUGUGAAUCAGAUGAAGCGAAUAUAACGAUUAGAAAAAAUCGAAAACGUUUAGCUGAAAUGUUUGACCGUAUGACAACAACAACAACAUCAUCAUCAGCAAGAUCAACACCGACUGUAACAACAGCUACAAGUUCGGAACAAUCCGAAAUGAUAACAUUACCGACAACAAUAUCAUCAUCAAAUUAUCGUAAUGGUGGUGGUGUUGGCAACAAUACACCAACGAAACGUAAAAAAUAUUUACAACAAUAAUUUAAUUAAUCCAAAUUCAAAACUAUCGAAUCUCAUAUGUUGGUCGAUUGUAAAUUAUUUCUUUUCUU